UUCUUCCAAUAGCGACUAACUGCCAAACAAGGUGGAAGUCUCUCAGAGACCGCUUCGUCCGGGAGACAGGCUUACAGAAGAAGAAGUCAGGAUCUGGUGCCGAAGAUGGAGCCACAUGGCAAUAUUUGGAAGCCAUGGAUUUUAUGCGAGACUUCGUUGCUCCUCGAAAAACAUUUUCCAAUCUGGAUUUUACUUCACAGGAGGAGGAAAUAAACGGCAUCAGCCCGUGCAACGUGACCGAAACCUCUUAUUAUGAGGAGUAUGAAGUAAGCUCUCCUCUUCCUUCUGUUCCGGCAAACGACACGGAGCAGUCCAACAGCGCAAAAAAAAAUAAACGGCGUCGUGUAGAAGACGAGGCGAACGAGAGGUUCGGAUCACUAUGCGUGGCGGUCAAUGAAUUUGUUGGCUCCAAAUCCGAAAGCUUUAAUAAUAGCCGCAAUUUUGAGUUUUAUAAAGUUCUGGACAGCUAUGUAUUGAAACAUCCGGAGCAGGCCCAAUCAAAGUUGUGA